AUGUGGUCUUCGGGCGUCUCGUGGACCUUGCCACUUGUGCUGCUCAGCACUCUGCCGGCCAGAGUGUCGGGUGGUGACAUUCUGUCCACGCAAGGAUUCACUCUAUGUUCAAGCGACCCCACCAUCAAGGUCGAAGCCUUGGAUGUUCAAUUUGACCGCACGACGAACAUGGUUGUGUUCAAUGUUGCAGGAAGCAGUUCCGAGUCACAGAACGUCACAGCCAAGAUCGUCGUCACUGCAUAUGGAAGACAGGUAUACGAGAAGCCUUUCAACCCUUGCGAUUCAGCCAACUAUGUCGAGCAGCUUUGUCCUGGUAUGUGUACACUGCUAUGA